AUGUUUAUGAAGCUGAAGGUGUACUCCGUCUACUGUGUCCCUGAGGGAGCGGUUCCUGGUGGGUGGGUGAAAGCUACGGUGCCGAGCCUAAAAGAUGUGUACGGGGGGAGCAUCAAGGAAAGCCAGCUCUAUUUCCUCCUGUCCUAUGAGGGAAAGGAGCAGGAGUUGUGCAGACGGCUCCCCACCUUGUCUGCGGACGAGGUCGAGAAGAGCAUGGUCGUUUUCAACCCUUUCGGGUGGUGGGGUCUUGCUCGACUCAGAUGUGUUUAUCACACCCGAGCCGUACGGGCGUGUACUGAUGCCGAGGCGCUGAAUCCAUCAAGGUGCGACCUGGUGGAGCGCCUCACGUCCUCGGUGCAGGCUUCAGUACCGGAGGUGUUUGGGAGUGACACCUUCACCGACAGCGGUGGCGUUGGUGCCCAUCACGUGUACCACGGCAGCUGCCAGCUGGCUUGCGACAUGCUGGUGGGCAGCAGGCACUCCCGCUCCUGCUCCCAUGAGGAUUACCCGCUCCAGGCCCCAAGCGUUAUCAUUGUAGCAUGGGGGCGGAAAAUAGUGUGGGUUGCACCGGGGUCGUUUUCCCAGCUGCUCUGCAGCCCUGCCUGCUCCAUGAGGCAAGGGAAGCUGCUGCUGGACUCAAUGUACAACAUCACACCCUCAUCCUUGGAGGACCUCGUGAAAGAGUUUGGGGGGGCCAUCUAUGAGUUAGGCCCUGGUGAUGGCACCGUUGUCCCGCCUGGAUGUGUCCAUGCAGCCUAUAACACUGAGCCAUGCUUGUCCAUUAACGUUAACUGGAUGUUCUGCAGCCAGGACCAGUGGGCUGCAUGCUUAACCGCGACCAGCCUGACGUGCCUGCAAACACGCAAGUAUGGCUUCAGGGCCCUGGCCAGGGAAAGGCUACCGCAAGGCUCUGACACUGACAUCGAGGCGCUUGCUGCAGACCUGGAGCAGAAGGUGAAGUCCGUGGCAGGAAGCACCGAUUCGGUCCUGGGAUGCCACCACUUCGACCGGGGCUUCACGUCCUGGAUAGGAGACCGGCUGGCCUCACACAUGUCCAUCGUGGCUGCACAAAAGGUGUGGGGGAGGGGCUUGGGCUGGGGGGCGUAG